AUGGAGGAAGGCAAGAAUGAGAUGGAAGUGAGACACAGCGGGACUCCAGGUAACCCUACUGACCUGAGUCCCAGUAGCCACAGCUCCAACAGCUGUGAUUUGCCGAAACUGUCUUCUCCGCCACUGUCGCAGCCACGGCAACAGCAGUUACCGUUGACUCGCGAAGCGGGGCCCGACGCCGAGAGCGGGGCUGGGGUGAAGACGCCAGAGGUGGUCAUCGGGAACAAGUGUCAUCGCUGUGUAAAACUCUUUGCCCUGGAUGAAGAAAACCAGCUAUGGUCUUAUCUUGACACUGGAUAUGUCUGCUCCAGUUACGUGGACCAUCUCCAGGGACUGUCCCUACUAGUUCAGUCGAAGUCCGAUGGCUCACUGAUCUUGGAGUCAAAGAUACAUCCAGAAACACUGUAUAGGAGAAAAAUGGGAUUAUUAAUUGUUUGGUCUGAGGCUGAGAACCACGGAAUGGCAUUGAGUUUCCAGGACAAAGCAGCUUGUCAAGAGAUCUGGGAAGACAUUUGCCGUGUUCAAGGUGUAGACCCAUCUGUCAACAACACACAAGAGCCCUUGGACAUGUCAGAGGAAGAAGAAUGUGAUAAAAUGUCAGAAACUGAUCAUCUGGUUAACCUUCCUAACUGUGAACUCAAUAACCUUGAAGAGAUUGCUGACUUAGUUACCGCAGCUUUCUAUUCAUCUACCGGCAAGGAAAGCUUAGCUCUGAUAUUGGACAAAGAGGACUAUAUUCAGAAACUACUGCAGCUGUUCCACACUUGUGAGACCCUAGGAGACACUGAAGGCUUAUACCAAUUGCAUGAAAUUAUUAAAAGAAUCUUAUUGCUCAACAAGACAUUUCUGUUUGAAACCAUGUUUUCUGAUGAGUGUAUCAUGAAUGUGGUGGGAUGCCUUGAAUAUGAUCCUGCUUUGACCCAGCCAAAAAGGCAUAGGGAAUUCUUGACCCAACAUGCAAAGUUCAAGGAAGUGGUGCCAAUAACAAACUGUGAACUUAGGCAAAAAAUACAUCAGACGUACAGGGUACAAUACAUUCUCAACAUCCUCUUGCCUGUACCAUCCAUAUUUGAAGAACAUUGUGUUUCUACUCUUAAAUCUUUUAUUUUCUUUAACAAAGUUAAGAUAGUCCACAUGCUGCAGACAGAUAACGAGUUUUUGCCUCAAGUUCUUGCACAGUUAAAAGAUAAGACCACAGAUGAUGAUACGUGGCGUGAACUCAUGUUGUUUUUCAAGGAAUUCUGUUCAUUUUCUCAAGUAUUACAACCUGAAAACAAGAAUGCACUGCUCAAAACAUUGACAAAAUUGGGAAUUCUUCCUGCUCUUAAAAUUGCAAUGAGUCUAGAUGAUUUUCAAAUAAGGUCAGCUGCUGCUGACAUAUUUGCUUAUCUAGUGGUAUAUAGUCCAUCAAUGAUCCGAGAAUUCAUAAUAAAUGAAGCCCAGUGGAAUGAAGAUUGUAACCUUUUCAUUAAUUUAAUAAUUAAACAAAUGAUCUGUGAUACUGAUCAGGAGCUAGGAAAUGCUCUUAAUUUAAUGGGACUUCUUCAUUCUCUACUUGAUCCAGACAACAUGCUGGCGGCACGUAAUAACUAUGAAAAAUGUGAAUUUUUACAUUUCUUCUACAAACAUUGUAUGCAUAACCUCACAGCACCGCUCUUGGCCGCCACUUCAGAAGGUACAUGUGAAAAGGAUGAUAUACUUGGAACUCACAAAAACAGCAAAAAUUGCCUCAGUGCACUUCGCUUUAUGAGAAGUAUAAUUGGCAUUAAAGAUGAACUUUAUAAUCGUUACAUCAUCAAGGGAAAUCUUUUACAGCCGGUUGUAAAUGCUCUUUUGGGUAAUGGAAAUCGGUACAAUAUGUUGAAUUCAGCUAUUCUGGAACUAUUUGAAUACAUAAGAGUGCAAAAUAUCAAGCCUCUUGUUAAACAUAUAGUUGAAAAGUUUUAUAAAACACUUGAAUGCAUUGAUUAUGUUCAGACAUUCAAAGGUUUGAAGAUGAACUAUGAACAAGAGAAAGACCGACAGAAUCAAAUAGAGAAGAAAUUGAAAAUUGUAUUAUAUAAGAAAAUAUUUCACAGACGUUCCAGAGUCUUGGAAAAGAAAGAAAUCUGUUAUAAAGAAAAUAUAGGGGAAGAAGAAGCAGUUAUGCAACCAUUGGAAAAUGGUUUUCAAGUUCAUUCUGUGGAAAAUGAAAAAUCAAAAGAAGAGGAAAACAAGGCAGAUCUUCCUAAAAUAACAACUUCUGGUGGCUGCAAAUUUAUUUUCUCCCAUUCUGUUAGUGCUACUAAUGGAACAGGUAGCUCAACCGGUAGUAACAUAGUGGACUUAGUGGAUUAUCUGGAUGACAAUGAAGAAGAAAGGGAAGAUGAAACACCCCCCAGGAAAAGACCACAUCUAAGCCCAUAA